UCCUGGGCGCAGCUGAGCGAGUGUAGAAAUGGCAGCGGGUGGAUCGUACAGUAUAGUGGAGUAUUUCGGCGGAGAUGAUGGCUAUCGCUGCGGUUACUGUAAACAUGAAAACGGCAAUCUAUCACACGGUAAAGGAGCCGAUCCCAGCAGGCCUCCGUGUCGGAAAGCUAAAGACAUUAGGAAAGAGCGAAGACUUCAAAAAGACCAACAGAUGCAGCAAGAAGCUGUGUCGUCUUCUCCAAAUCCAACCCCAUCAAAAUCUUCUUCAUCUAAUCAGCCCAAAUCACUAGAGGAAUUCAUUACAGAGUCUUUACCCAAUGACCCUCUGCACCGUUUAGAGGUGAGGCUGGUGCGCUCCAACCCUCCCAGUCCACAGUUCAAAGCUUCGUUUGACGCCUCAUACCAAGUGUACAAACUCUACCAGAUGGCUAUUCACGAGGACCCGCCUGACAAACCAAGCGAGAGCCAGGUGAGGCUAGUGCCGGUCAGCUUUGAGGAGCCGGAUUUCAUGGCAUCAUACGAGCAGUCAGCGGCGCUCUAUGCCCGCUACCAGAUGACGGUUCACGGCGACGCUCCACACGAGUGCAGUAAGAGCCAGUUUAAGAGGUUCCUCUGUGACUCUCCUUUAGAGGCUGAGACUGCUCCUGAUGGUCCUGAUGUGGGAUACGGCUCGUUUCAUCAGCAGUACUGGUUGGAUGGCAGAAUAGUAGCCGUGGGGGUUUUGGACAUCCUGCCCUCUUGUGUGUCCUCUGUGUAUCUGUACUACCACCCCGACUUCUCCUCGCUCUCACUGGGCACCUACUCUGCUCUCAGGGAGAUUGCCUUCACCAGGCAGUUGCAGCAGCAGUCGCCCAAACUCGCCUACUACUAUCUGGGUUUCUACGUCCAUUCGUGCCCGAAGAUGCGCUAUAAGGGUCAGUACCGGCCUUCAGACCUCCUGUGCCCUGAAACUUACUCUUGGGUGCCCAUUGAGAGAUGCAUCCCUCGCCUGGACGUCUCCGUCUACUCUCGGCUCAAUGAAAACGCUCAAGCAGGUGAUGCUCGUGCGCUGAAGGAUCUGGGACGGGUGUUAGUGCUCCACAGGAGGACAGUGAUGCCCUAUGCGGCCUACGCUCGUAAGCGGAAGGGAUCGAAUGAUGAGAAGGAAGUGGAGCAGUACGCUAGUCUGGUGGGCCAGACAUGUGCUGAGAGAAUCCUGCUCUACAGAGCAUAGAGCCCUUUAAACCUUACAAACAUCUGUCUGUCUGACUUUCAGAAACAUGUAACUCUUCUUCACUUCUCUGCUUUCGUCUCUCCACUUGUUUAUUUGUCUGCUGUUCAUCUGUUUUCUCCUCUAGAAGUCUUUGCUCCAUCGGUGUGUACAGUUUUUGUAAUUCCGUGCAUUGCUUCACUCGCCCAGUAAUCUCGUUGAACUUUUAUAUUAUCUGGCCAAGCUGCGCUUUGUAAUAAUCCCACUCGCAAACAUGCGACGACCAGGCAUAUAUGUUACUUCAUAAUGUAUGCCAAAGUAUUGUCUUGUAUAACUCACCAGUCACGUCUAAAAUAGCCAUAUAACAGCAAAUGAUGUGUUAUGGG